AUGGCUCAACGUGUUACCUUCAGAAGAAGAAAUCCAUACAACACCCGUUCCAACAAGAUCAAGGUUGUUAAGACCCCAGGUGGUGUCUUACGUGCUCAACAUGUUAAGAAGUUAGCCUCCAGACCAAAAUGUGGUGACUGUGGUGUUGCUUUAGCAGGUGUUUCUGCCUUGAGACCAAGAGAAUACGCUUCUGUUUCUAAGACACAAAAGACUGUUUCCAGAGCUUACGGUGGUUCCAGAUGUGCUAACUGUGUUAAGGAAAGAAUUGUCAGAGCUUUCUUAAUUGAAGAACAAAAGAUUGUCAAGAAGGUUAUCAAGGAACAAGCUGAAAUCGCCAAGAAGGCCGAAAAGAAGGCUGACAAGAAGAAGAAGGGUAAGAAAUAA